AGGACCAGGACCAGGACCAGGACCAGGAGUCCAGCAUCAGGACCAAAGCGGGAUCUUCCUCUGGUCUGCAGAAACAUAUGUGUGGAGCAGCUUUUACCCAACAAAGUGAUCUAGAGAUUCACCAACCUAUUCACACUGGAGAUAAACCAUUCAGAUCUGAUCAGUGUGGAGCAGCUUUUACCCAACAAGGUCAUCUAAUGACUCACCAACCUAUUCACACUGGAGAUAAACCAUUCAGAUGUGAUCAGUGUGGAAGAGCUUUUACCCGACAAAGUGAUCUAAAGAUUCACCAACGUAUUCACACUGGAGAGAAACCAUUCAGUUGUGAUCAGUGUGGAGCAGCUUUUACCAGACGAGAUCAUCUAAGGAUUCACCAACGUAUUCACACUGGAGAUAAACCGUUCAGUUGUGAUCAGUGUGGGGCAGCUUUUACCACAUCAACUAAUCUAAUGACUCACCGACGUAUUCACACUGGAGAUAAACCGUUCACUUGUGAUCAAUGUGGAGCAGCUUUUGCCACAUCAAGUCAUCUAAAGAGACAUCAACGUAUUCACACUGGAGAUAAACGAUUCAGAUGUGAACAGUGUGGAGGAGCUUUUACCCGACAAAGUGAUCUAAAGAUUCACCAGCGUAUUCACACUGGAGAGAAACCAUUCAGUUGUGAUCAGUGUGGAGCAGCUUUUACCAGACGAGAUCAUCUAAGGAUUCACCAACGUAUUCACACUGGAGAUAAACCGUUCAGUUGUGAUCAGUGUGGGGCAGCUUUUACCACAUCAAGUAAACUAAUGACACACCGACGUAUUCACGCUGUAGAUAAACCGUUCACUUGUGAUCAAUGUGGAGCAGCUUUUGCCAGACGAGGUCAACUGAAAGUUCACCAACAUAAUCACACUGGUUAUAAACCGUUCACCUGUGUUCAGUGUGGAGGAGCUUUUACCCGACAAAGUGAUCUAAAGAUUCACCAACGUAUUCACACUGGAGAGAAACCAUUCAGUUGUGAUCUGUGUGGAGCAGCUUUUACCAGACGAGAUCAUCUAAGGAUUCACCAACGUAUUCACAAUGGUGAUAAACCGUUCAGAUGUGAUCAGUGUGGAGGAGCUUUUACCACAUCAAGUAAUCUAAUGACUCACCGACGUAUUCACGCUGGAGACAAACCGUUCACUUGUGAUCAAUGUGGAGCAGCUUUUGCCCAAAGAGGUCAACUAAAGACUCACCAACAUAUUCACACUGGUUAUAAACCGUUCACUUGUGAUCAGUGUGGAGCAGACUUUAUUCAACAAGAUAAACUAAAGAUACACCAACGUAUUCACACUGGAGAAAAACCGUUCAGUUGUGAUCAGUGUGGGGCAGCUUUUACCACAUCAAGUAAUCUCAUGACUCACCAACGUAUUCACACUGGAGAUAGACCGUUCAGAUGUGAUCAGUGUGGAGCAGCUUAUACCAACUCAAGUGGCUUAACGACCCACCAGCGUAUUCACACUGGAGAAAAACCGUUCAGUUGUGAUCAGUGUGGAAAAGCUUUUACCAGACAAAGUGAUCUAAAGAUUCACCAACGUAUUCACACUGGAGAAAAACCGUUCAGAUGUGAACAGUGUGGAGCAGCUUUUACCACAUCAGGUAAUCUAAACAUUCACCAACGUAUUCACACUGGAGAAAAACCGUUCAGUUGUGAUCAGUGUGGAGCAGCUUUUACCACAUCAAGUGAUUUAAGGACUCACCAACGUAUUCACACUGGAGAUAAACCGUUCAGUUGUGAUCUGUGUGAAGCAGCCUUUACCACAUCAAGUACUUUAACGUCUCACCGACGUACUCACACUGGAGAUAAACCAUUCAGAUGUCAUCAGUGUGGAGCUGCUUUUACCACAUCAAGUGGUUUAACGAGUCACCGACGUAAUCACACUGGAGGUAAACCGUUCAGUUGUGAUCAAUGUGGAGCAGCUUUUACCCAACAAUCCGUUCUAAAGAUUCACCAACGUAUUCACAUUGGAGUUAAACCGUUCAUUCGUGAUCAGUGUGGAGCAGCUUUUACCACAUCGGGUAAUCUAAUGACACUCCAACGUACUCACACGAGUGAUAAACUCUAAAGAUGUGAUCAGUAUGAAGUCUGGAAUUUCAAAAAACACCUCAGCACAGCAAAAAAAAAAGCAAAAUAAUCAGACAUCAUACCGAAACUCGAAAGACUAACAAAUGAUGCCCCCUGGACACCUCCUGGGAAGGUGCUGCUGCAGGUACAUCCCAUGAUGUUUCCUAAGUCUUUCCAUGACUUUCACACAGAUUAUGCAGUGGACAGGAAGUCAUCACCAUUCAUUUCACCAGUGGGACAUCACAGAAGGAAACCUGCUGAAUUCAUCUUCCACAACCAAUCGUGCUCGGUUGACUUUGUGUUUAAACGCUGACUGUUCUGUUGUCAGUCGUCCAGUGUCAUGGAACGGUUUCAAGAGCCAGUCCUCUAAAGCAGGGGUGUCGGACUCCAGUCCUCGAGGGCCGGUGUCCCUGCAGGUUUUAGAUGUUUCCCUGCUUCAUUGCACCAUGAUACAAGUGACUGUGUCAUCAACAGAACUAUCCAGACUUUGAUGACAAGCUGGUGACGAUUAUUAAUUAGAAUCAGGUGUGUUAAAGCAGUGAAACAUCUAAAACAUGCAGGACACCGGCCCUUCUGGGAUUCAGUUUGACACCUGUGCUCUAAAGGAUAAGUAGAGUCUCCAAGAAGGAAAUACCCAGCAUUCACUAUAUUCCUGAUGUGAGAUAAGAAGAUGUUUCUGCGACUGGCUAACUCCUGUGUAUAUGUAUGUAUGUAUGUAUUAGAUAUGUAAUCAACCAUUUGUCCUUGAGAGUAGGGCUGCAACUAACGACUAUUUUAAUAGUCGACUAGUCACCCACUAUUGAAACAAUUAGUCGACUAAUCGGAUAAUUAGUAAUUUUUUUUUAAUUUAGGCCCAGUCCCAAUCCCCCCCUAGUCCAACUUUUCAGCACUACCCCUAAACCCCUUUUGCGCGUUCCCGUGAGGGUAGUGGUGUCCUAAUUCCUCUUUGCAUGUAGGGCUAGUGGACAUAACGAGGGCUAGUGGACAUAAUGAGGGCUAGUGGACAUAACGAGGGCUAGUGUGUAUGAAUCUAGUCCUUCAGAGCGAGGGAUUUCAGAUGUUGACUAGCUGACCGAGGGCCAGAAAAUAAUUAAUUAAAGCAACCCCAUACUAAAUUUAAGAAAAAAAAUACCGUAUUUUCCGCACUAUAAGGUGCACCUAAAAGCCUUUAAUUUUCUCAAAAACCGGCAGUGCGCCUUAUAAUGCAGUGCGUCUUAUAUAUGAUCAUUACGGUAAUUUCUGUUACUGUAGUCAGAGGGAUUGUGGGUAAUGUAGUUGGUGUCUCUGAAGUAACGGCGCUAAAAACGUCAGGAAUCGUCACAGACGUUCAAGACAACAGAGCAAAGCUGAUUUU